CCAUAUCUCUCUCUCUCUCUCUCUCUCUCUAGUCUCUCUCUCUCUCUCUCUCUCUCUCUCUCAUUAUUAAUAAUUUACUAUCUCUCGCCCUCUCCCUUCAGUCACUCCAAAACAAUCAGUAUACGUAGUAUACUGAGCUAGCUAGUUCUUCUUGUCAUAUAUAUUUUGUCGUACGUAUACUACGUGUUGGUUUCUGAUCUCCGAUGGGUCGGUCGCCGUGCUGCGAUAAAAUAGGGCUGAAGAAAGGGCCAUGGACGCCGGAGGAAGAUAACAAACUCUUGGCUUAUAUUGAAGAACACGGCCAUGGUAGCUGGCGAGCCUUGCCUUCCAAAGCUGGGCUCCAGAGAUGUGGGAAGAGUUGCAGAUUGAGGUGGACAAACUAUUUGAGGCCAGAUAUCAAAAGAGGCAAAUUCAGUUUACAAGAAGAGCAGACUAUCAUUCAGCUCCAUGCUCUUUUAGGAAACAGGUGGUCAGCCAUAGCUACUCAUUUACCCAAAAGAACAGACAACGAAAUCAAGAAUUACUGGAAUACCCAUCUCAAGAAAAGGUUGGCUAAAAUGGGUAUUGACCCGGUUACCCACAAGCCCAAAAACGACGCCAUUUUGACCACCAACGAUGGCGAAUCCAAGAAUGCUGCUAAUCUAAGCCAUAUGGCUCAGUGGGAGAGCGCUCGGCUCGAAGCCGAAGCCAGAUUGGUCCGUCAGUCCAAACUCCGAGCCGGCUCUUCUAAUUCCUUUCAGACGCAAAAUACGGAAUUCGCCUCUACUUCGGGCCAGGUCCAGAAGCCCGUUGGCCCGGCCCAAUGUCUCGACGUGCUGAAGGUGUGGAACGGCGGCGUUUGGCCGGCAGCAAGUGGAGGUGUUUCGGCGGCGGGAGGCGGAGGAGAUCUGGGAUCUCCGACGUCGACGCUCAGCUCCGCCGCAGGAGUAGGAGAGAGCUCCGCCGCGUUUGCGGAGUUCGUCGGGAACUCGUUCGGGUCGUGCGACGACAGCGGAAUGAUGAAAGAAGAGAGUGAAGAAGAAUGGAAACGCGCGGCGGAGUACAGAUCGGAUGAGAUCGGGAAUCCGAUUCCGUUCAUGCCGGGAUUGCAGGAAACGUCGUCGUUCCCGUCGGAUUGGGCGGCGUCGGAAUCGAAUAGACAAAAUGCCGAGCACGUGCCCAGUGGGAACUUCGUCGAGAAGUUUACCGACCUUCUCCUAAGUACUUCUUCCGGCGAUCGGCGUUUCUCAGAUGAUGGCGGAGAAUCAGACAACGGCAGCGGCGGCGUUGGCGGCGGAAGUGGUGAUUACUAUGAAGACAACAAAAAUUACUGGAAUAGUAUUCUCAAUCUGGUGAAUUCUUCACCUUCUGAUUCGCCCAUAUUUUGAGUGACGUCAUAAUUAAAAAAAAUUAAAAAAAUAAACAUUAGCAUGAUUGUUUUUUUUUUUUUUUUUUUCAUUUUUAAUUUAUUUUGGGAGUAAUUAAUUUUCUCGUGUGCAUUGUCCAUAGAGCAUAGCUUCAUUUUAUUUGUUUCAAAUGGAAUAAAAAUUAUUUC